AUGCUGGUUGUGGGUCCAAGCCCCCUUGAACAAGACAGGACUUGUAUUGCAGGUAGAACUUGCAACGCAGAGCGGAUUCGUGGGCAGAGCCUCCGUGCCUCUGACAGACUUCAGAUUCUCGCGACUGGUGGUGGGACGGUGCCACUGCGCUUUCCGAUGAACGGACUCAUUCUACCCGACCUCAAUGCGUCUCAGCCACCCAGUGGUAUGGGACUUGGAUCCGAGAUCGUCUCCGCGCCGGGUGGCCUGUACAGGCUGUGCUGGUGCAGUGGCUUGAAGCCGUCUGGCUGCUUGCGUGGCACGGAUUUCCAAACUGAUCUGGGUGCCAUGACCAUAUUGGGGGUCAGUCCCCUCCAGCAAGACCGAACGUGCAUCAGCGGCAGAGUAUGGGCUGUGGAUUCUCUGCUGGGGCUUGAGUGA